UUGACAGGCCCGGCCACUUGCAAACGUCUCCCAUCCCAAACGCUGACGCGCAAAACUCUGACCCUCCGAACUCGGAGGCGCCAAACCCUGACGUUCGAACUCUGAGGCGCCAAGCCCUGACAUUGCUAUGGCGAACGUCUCCAAAGCCCUGACAUUACCCGGCCCAAACGCGCCCCGUUAACGGCUGCGCGGCAGGCGUCCCCGCUGUCAGCCACUGAGGGCAAGAGCCGCCACUAAGGCCGCUGGGGUUCAGCUCGAGGAGGCGGCAAGCGCUGCCAUUGGCCCGCGUGGCUCCGCCCUUGACUCGCUGGAGCGCUGACUUCCGAAACGCUGACCCUCAAAACUCUGGCUUUCCGAACUCUGAGGCGCCGAACCCUGACAUUCGAACCCUGCGGCCCCAAACGUUGACAUUGGCAGGCCCGGCCACUUGCAAGCGUCCCCCCUCCCAAACUCUGACGCGCAAAACUCUGACCUUCCGAACUCUGAGGCGCCAAACCCUGACACUCGAACCUCGAGGCGCCAAACGUCGACAUUGACAGGCCCGGCCACUUGCAAGCGUGUCCCCUCCCAAACUCUGACGCGCAAAACUCUGACCUUCCGAACUCUGAGGCGCCGAACCCUGAGAUUCGAACUCUCAGGCGCCAAAGCCAAACCCUGACAUUGCCACGCAGGGCGCACCUGGCGAGCGUCUCCAAAGCCCUGACAUUACCCGUCCCAAACGCGCCCGGUGGCCACGUUUAAACCCGUUAACGGCUGCGCGGCAGGUGUCCCCGCUGUCAGCCACUGAGUGCACGGGCCGCCACUAAGGCCGCUGGCAUUCAGCUCGAGGAGGCGGCAAGCGCUGCCAUUGGCCCGCGUGCCUCCGCCUUUGACUCGCUGGGAGGCUGACUUCCCAAACUCUGACUCUCAAAACUCUGGCUUUCCGAAUCCGAACUCUGAGGCGCCAAACCCUGGCAUUCAUUCCAAUCUCUGAGGCGCCAAACGUUGACAUUGACAGGCCCGGCCACUUGCAAGCGUGUCCCCUCCCAAACUCUGACGCGCAAAACUCUGACCUUCCGAACUCUGAGGCGCCAAACCCUGACGUUCGAACUCUGAGGCGCCAAACCCUGACAUUGCCGCUCCGGGUGACUUGUGAACGUCUCCAAAACCCUGACACCCAUGCAAAACCUUGCGAUUCGUUUACGUGUUUGUAACCCUGGCAAGAACCCAACCUUGACAUUUGUUCCCUUUUUCGCCAACCCUGAGAUUCAAAACCCUG